AAUGGAUUCAGCAAAAAAUCAACAGUGAAACUAAAACUCGACGAGGAACAAAGACUGCAAAGAAAUGCCCGGUGUAGCAACAGGACUAUAGGAGUUGGAAGUCUGAGAUCCCGCCGGAAAUUCUUCUUCACCGGAGUUUCACUACGAAUUACGCUUUCCAGCGGAUAGAUGGAUAUACUGUUCGCUCAGAUCCAAGCUGACCUCCGGUCCAAUGACGCCCUCCGGCAAUCUGGAGCUCUUCUUCAAGCCCUACAGCAAUCGGCGGCCGGUCGUGAUAUCUCCAUCAUUGCAAAAUCCGCCGUGGAGGAGAUCGUGGCUGCUCCUGCCUCUGCCAUUUCUAAGAAACUCGCUUUCGACCUGAUCAGAUCAACUCGCCUCACCGCCGACUUAUGGGAGAUUGUCUGUACUGGAAUUCGCAACGAUCUCGAGUUCCCUGACCCGGAUGUAACUGCAGCCGCCGUCUCCAUCCUCGCGGCUAUCCCCUCGUUCCGGCUCGGCAAACUCAUAUCUGACUGUAACAAGCAAAUCUCCAGCUGCUUCGACUCCCCCUCCGACAACCUACGAUUUGCCAUCACGGAGACGCUCGGUUGCAUCCUCGCGCGUGACGAUCUCGUGACUCUCUGUGAGAAUAACAUGAACUUGCUCGAUAGGGUUUCCAAUUGGUGGAGUAGGAUUGGGCAGAACAUGCUUGACAAGUCUGAUGCCGUGUCAAAAGUGGCAUUCGAGUCCGUUGGGAGGCUGUUUCAGGAGUUUGAAUCAAAGCGAAUGAGCAGGUUGGCAGGUGAUAAGCUCGUGGACAGUGAAAACUCUGUCGCAAUUCGUUCGAAUUGGGUCUCAUCAAUGGUGGAUUUCACGUGGAGGAAGAGGAAUGCACUAAUGGCUAGGUCGUUAGUCCUACCAGUAGAGAGUUUCCGGGCAACUGUUUAUCCUUUAGCUUAUGCGGUAAAGGCUGUGGCCUCAGGUUCUAUAGAGGUGAUAAAAAAACUUUCAAGAUCUUCAAAGAAUGAGAACGCUACUACACUGGACUCUGGAAAUGCAGAAAAGUUUGUUGGAGUAUCAGAUGUUGCUUCUCAUCUGGCCCCUUUCUUGGCCUCAUCCUUGGAUCCAGCAUUGAUUUUUGAGGUUGGGAUCAACAUGCUAUACUUGGCUGAUGUUCCUGGAGGGAAACCUGAGUGGGCAUCAACAUCCAUCAUUGCAAUUCUCACACUUUGGGACAGACAAGAGUUUUCCUCUGCACGCGAGAGUAUUGUCAGAGCUGUAGUUACCAAUUUGCAUCUCCUUGACCUUAGUAUGCAGGUUUCAUUAUUUAAAAGGUUGCUUCUUAUGGUGAGAAACCUUAGAGCAGAAUCAGAUCGCAUGCAUGCCUUAGCAUGCAUCUGCCGGACUGCUCUUUGCGUUGAUCUUUUUGCGAAAGAAAGUGUUCGGAGAGGUCAAAAACCUCUUCCAGGAACUGAUAUUGCUUCCCUUUUUGAGGAUGGAAGAAUAAAAGAUGAUCUUAACGGUGUAACAAGGACAAGCUUGUUUAGAGAAGAACUAGUUGCAAUGCUGGUGGAAAGCUGCUUUCAGUUGUCACUACCAUUACCAGAGCAAAAAAAUUCUGGUAUGGAGAGCAGAGUAAUAGGAGCUUUAGCCUAUGGAACUGGUUAUGGUGCAUUAAACUGGACAGAACCAGCUCUAGAAGUGGUUGAAGUCUGUAGGCCAUGUGUCAAAUGGGAUUGUGAGGGCCGGACCUAUGCUAUUGAUUGCUAUUUAAAGUUGCUGGUUAGGCUUUGCCAUAUUUAUGAUACAAGAGGUGGUGUCAAAAGAGUCAAAGAUGGGGCUUCUCAAGACCAGAUUCUGAAUGAAACAAGAUUGCAAAAUUUGCAACGUGAACUUGUUAGAGACCUACGUGAGGUGAACACACCUAGAGUAUGUGCCCGUCUGCUUUUUGCUAUUUCGGAACACAUAGAUCUAGAGGGCUUAGACCCACUUCUGGCUGAUGACCCUGAAGAUCCUCUGAACAUAAUAGUAUCUAAUAUACACAAAGUUCUGUUCAACAUAGACUCAUCUGCAAGCACAACAAACCGACUUCAAGAUGUCCAAGCAGUUCUAUUAUGUGCUCAGAGAUUGGGAUCCCGUAACUCCAGGGCUGGACAGUUGCUAACCAAAGAACUUGAAGAGUUUAGGAGCAAUGCUUUAGCUGAUUCCGUAAACAAGCAUCAGUGCCGAUUAAUAUUGCAGAGAAUAAAAUAUGUCUCCAGCCAUCCAGAAAGCAAAUGGGCUGGAGUUAGUGAAGCAAGAGGAGAUUAUCCAUUUAGUCACCACAAAUUGACUGUUCAGUUUCAAGAUGCUUCAGCAGCUCAGGACAGAAAGCUAGAAGGAUUGGUUCACAAGGCUAUUUUGGAACUUUGGAGGCCUGAACCUAAUGAGUUGACUCUGCUGUUAGCAAAAGGAAUUGAUUCUAGUCUACUCAAAGUUCCUCCAAGUACAUAUACUUUGACUGGAAGCAGCGAUCCUUGCUAUGUUGAAGCAUAUCAUUUGACUGACCCAAGUGAUGGAAGGAUCACUCUGCAUCUAAAGGUUCUAAAUUUAACAGAGAUUGAGCUCAAUCGGGUGGACUUGCGAGUUGGGCUGUCUGGUGGAUUAUAUUUCAUGGAUGGAUCUCCUCAAGCAGUGCGACAGUUGCGUGACCUCAAUUCUCAGGAACCAGUGCUGUGUAGUGUAACAGUGGGUGUUUCCCAUUUUGAGAGAUGUGCUCUUUGGGUUCAAGUCCUGUACUACCCCUUCUUUGGUAAUGAUGUCCCUGCAGAAUAUGAAGGGGAAUACUCUGGAGAGGAUCCACAAAUCAUUAGGCAAAAGAGAAGCCUGAAGGAAUUAGGAGAACCUGUGAUUCUGAGAUGCCAACCAUACAAAAUUCCCCUAACUGAGCUUCUAUUGCCGCAUAAAAUUUCACCUGUUGAAUAUUUCCGCUUGUGGCCUAGUUUACCUGCCAUUGUGGAGUAUACUGGUGCUUAUACAUAUGAAGGAAGUGGAUUCAAGGCUACUGCCGCACAGCAAUAUGGAGCAUCUCCCUUUUUAAGCGGCUUAAAAUCUCUGGCUUCCAAACCUUUCCAUCGAGUUUGCUCACACAUCAUACGAACAGUUGCUGGAUUUCAGCUCUGUUUUGCGGCCAAAACUUGGUACGGAGGCUUUGUCGGUAUGAUGAUAUUUGGUGCCAGUGAAGUCAGUAGAAAUGUUGACCUUGGUGACGAAACAACCACCAUGAUGUGCAAAUUUGUGAUUAGAGCAUCAGAUGCAUCUAUCACCAAGGAGAUCGAUGCAGACCCACAGGGCUGGUUAGACGACCUGACUGAUGGGGGUGUCGAGUACAUGCCUGAAGAUGAAGUGAAGGUGGCUGCUGCUGAGAAGCUAAAGAUCUCGAUGGAGCGGAUAGCAUUGCUAAAAGCAGCAAGGCCUCGAAAAUCUGCUCAGGAUGAAGAGGACGAGGAAGACAACGAAGAUGAUGAUAAGAAAAUAGACGAGAACGGGGAGAAAGAUGGUAAACCCAAAGGGCCGACAACUUUGUUUAAACUUACAGCUGAGGAGGUUGAACACCGUGCACUUCAAACGGCAGUAAUUCAGGAAUGGCUCAUACUUUGCAAAGACAGGAGUACCAAGGUUAAUUGAACACGAAUCCUCCCUUCUCUUAUCACGAAAAUUUUUGCAUAAAUUCCAUUAUCAUCAUCUUGUCUUGUAUUCUAAUAACCCAUUUAACUUGUUUUAGAGAUUUUGUCUGAGAGCCUGCAAUAGUUGUUGUGUAGCUGAUCAUCUUUUUGUUUUGAUUUCUUUCAUUGAUUGUGUAGUGUUCCCUAGCCUCCUUACAGAGUUAAACAACAUGUAAAUUUCGUUUCGUUUUACCAUUUCUUUGUUGUUGGUGAUGAAUGAAUGCUAUGUUAGCAUGUGUUAUGAAUGUCUAUCAUUUGUUUCA